CUCAGAGAGUCAGCUGUGAGGAACAAUUACUCUCGAUCAUGAGCCAGAUGUGUGGAUUAUAAAGAAGAAGUUCUUCUUGUGGCUUCGUGGGUGAUGAGGACUCAGUUUUAACUCGGCUCAGAAAACUACCAGUUCUUCUACCUGAUCUGUGUUUUCAUUUCAGAGUUUAUUUCGUCCUCAGUCAACAUGCAGCAGCCUGAAACCCCGCAGAUAGCUCAGCCAACAGCCGCAGAAGCACUGAAUCCAGCAGCUCAGUACCUGCGUCGAAGGAAAACUGCUCUGUGGAUCAGCGUGUCCCUGCUGAGUCUGGGUCUGGUGAUUCUGGCUCUGGGUCUGGUCGCCGCCACUCGCACCGACAACGUGCCUGUCGCUGGAUAUUAUUCUGGCAUCACCCUCAGUUUUGGAGCGUUUCUGGGCAUCGUUGGCAUCCACCUGGUGGAAAACCGCAGACCCAUGCUUGUGGCAUCAAUAGUCUUCAUCAGCUUGGGAGUCAUCGCGUCUUUCUUCUGUGCCAUCAUGGAUGGGAUCAUUGCAUCAGAGUUCAUUGACAUCAGGCCCCUGCAGGAGGACAUGUGUGACUUUUACUCCAGUGGAUCGGGCUACCUCUAUGACAGCUACUAUACUGAGGUGUCGUGUCGUUCGUUCGACAAGACGUGUAAGCUGAGGCUGAGGAGUGACACCUGCUACUGCUGCUAUCUGUACAACUGUGGGAGCCCAGAACACCACUCUCAUUACUACCAGUUCAACGGUGUGAGCAGCUGCUGGGACGUCAUCCACCUGCACCGGCUGCUGUGGGCCUCGGUGGUGCUCAGCGUGGUCGGCUUCUUCCUGGGCAUCAUCGCCGCCGCCAUCCUCGGAGCGUACAAAGAAAUGGAUAAACCCACUCCACCAAUGGCUCCCAGCCCGGCGCCUCCACCUCACACCCUAUACAACCCGACUCAGCACAUGCUCAGCUACCCCGGCUUCUGUUCUUCAGGGCAAACUCUGCCCGCCUACCCCAACUACCCAAUACCAAUGCAGCACAACAGCAACUACCAGCCGCCCAACACCCCCCAGAUGAUGCCAGACGGAGGCCCUAUGUCUACGUCCGAGGAGAACCAGAACCAGCAGCCCUCUCUGGUCCCCUCCCAGGCCCAGCCACAGGGAGCCACCCAGGACCACGGAGGCUUCAUGCUGACCCCCAACGCUCCGGUCCUCUACGGAGCCUCCUACAGCCCCUUUGAGAAACCUCCACCUUACGCAUGCUGCAACCUCUGACAAACACGCAGGGCGCGUUGGAGAAUAAUGUCUUUACCUGUCAGACUGAAUGUAGCACAAGACAUUUCAUAGGUGUAGAGAGGAAACACUCAUGUGGGCUUCACAACUACUGGUUUAAGAUGCUACAUUUCUUGUGUCAAACAGCGUUGAACUGAAGACAAACAGAGAUUAUAGCUGUGUAGUGUGAUUCUAUAGACAUGAGUAAGUCAUUUCCAGUGUUUUUACAAGAGGAAACGUGCUUAUUUACUUUCUUGAGAGUUGGAUAAGAUUGUGAUCCUGUAAAACUACAGCCAGUAGCUGGUUAGCUUAGCUUAGCACAAAGAGUAGAAGUAAACGGCUAGCUUUGUUGUUUUAAAGGUUUAUUCCACCCUGAAAUACUACAAUAUCCAACUACUUAUUGGUUCAAAGGUUUAUUCGACUCCAAAAUGCUAUAUAAUCUAAGUUUUGUUUUGAAGGUUUACUCCACCCAGAGUACUACAUUGUCCAAGUACAUAUAGAUUUUAAAGGUCUAUUCCGCCAAGAAUAGUGCGAUGUCCAAGUACAGACAGUUUUAAAACAUUUAUCCCACCUAAAAUACUACAAUGUCCAAGUACAUGUAUAUUUUAAAGGUUUGUUCUAACCUUAAAUACUGUAUUAUCCAAAGGCUUAUUUCACCCAAUAAUACGACAUUAUCUAAGGCUCAUUCCACUCCAUGAUACUAUAUUAGCUAAAUAAUUAUCAUUUUAAAGGUUUAUUCCACCCAGAAUACCACAGUCUCCAAGUAAAUAUAGAUUAUAACGGCUUAUUCCACCCUUAAAUACUACAUUAUCCAAGUACUUAUUGGUUCAAAUGCUUAUUUGAUUCCAAAAUGCUAUAUAAUCCAAGUUUCAUUUUAAAGGUUUAUUCCACAUUGUCCAAGUACAUAUAGAUUUUAAAGCUCUAUUCCACCGAGAAUACUACAAUGUCCAAUUACAGACAGUUUUGUAAAGGUUUUUCCCUGCUAAAAUACUACAAUAUCCAAGUACAUACAGUUUUUCAAAGAUUUAUCCCACCGAGAAUACUACAAUGUCCAAGUACAUAUACAUUUUAAAGGUUUAUUCCACCCUAAAAUACUGUACUAUCCAAGUGCUUAUUAUUUUAAAAGCUUAUUUCACCCGAAAAUACUACAUUAUCUAAGCACUUAUUGUUUUAAAGGCUCAUUCCACUCCACGAUACUAUAUUAGCUAAAUCCUUAUAAUUUUAAAGGUUUAUUCUGUCCAGAACACUACUUGCUGUCUUGCAGUUUACCUGAGUUGCAUGUUGACAAGUGGAUUGGGUCAUUACAUGUACAUACACCAUCUUGCUCCAAAAUGUGGUUCUCAAUUCAAUCUGCUACCUCUUUACUUAUCCACUUCACUAGGUGGCGCUGUUACAGAAAUCAAAAUCAAAUCAAAUCAAACUUUAUUUAUAAAGAGAAAGAACGAAAGAAAAAUAAAGGUCCUCGAAAUGUAGUUCUGAAACUGCAGCCUUCCCUGUUUUAGUCACGCAACCUCUAAAUUUGACUAAUGACAUUACUUGUAACAAGUUGCAUCUCAAGAAAUCCAACUGUAAAGCGAAUAAGCAAGUUUCCCAACAUCAGUCUUCACCUUUAAGCCUCAAGCUGACCGUUGGAUGUAUUUCAUAUAAAUAUUUGUCUCAUUGUACACUCGACUGUGAGCUGAUAGUCCUUUCUGUCCUAACUUGUAUAGACCAGAUUGCAGGUCCCACUUGUGAAUUGUCUCGCUGCUCUCUCUGCUGUACAAGCAAUUAAAAGGGCUUUGUUGAAAUGUGAACUGGAGAGCAAAUGAUGCUCAUGUUGCUGUUACUAAAUCGUGUUUGUGUGAAUAAUUUAAUGUACACUUUACAGUCAGUAUAUUGCUUGUAUUAUUGAUGAAGCAUUGAUGAUGCAUGUUAACUGCUGUGGGAUGGGAUUGUGUAGCUGCUGCUGCUAUUAAAUACAUUACGUGUUAAACUGGCACCUCGAAGAAAUCCGUACACGUAGAUUAAGGGCUUUACCAACGUCUCACAUUUAAAGGCCAAUGUUUUCCAUUGGAUGAGAAGACUGAUACCACUUGUGCAGGUACAGUAGAUAAAAGGCACAUUAUUAACGCAUUAUAUACAUAAAAACAAAGUGUAAUUACGGCAAUAAGAAGCUUUCUGGACAAAUCCAGACGCUCAGAUUUCAACUUUUCUACUAUAUGUGCUAAGUUUGGCACUUCUUGUUGUCAGUCUUCUCAGCUCAUGUCAAAAAGGCAAAUAAAUUGAAUUUCCCUAAAAUUUCAAACUUUUCCUUUGAAUUAAACAUUAAAAGUACCAUCAGUGCUACUGUUACUGCCAGUACCAGGUGUUUUUGCUGUAUUAUUUCACUUCGAAGCAAGACUAACUAGAAAAGCACUCAGAGAGUGCAGUACUCCACCAAGGCUGCUCAGUUCACUAAAACGACAUAGUUUAGCCAUACUAAAAUGACUUUUUUUCACACGUUGCACAACAUAUUAAACUAUGACGUUUUACUGAUAUUGUGGACGACAUACUAAACUAUGACGUUUUGGUCACAUUUUGGACGACAUACUAAACUAUGAUUUUUUUAGUGACAUUUUGGAUGACAUACUAAACUAUGAUUUUUUUUAGUGACAUUUUGGACGACACACUAAACUAUGACAUUUUAGUGCCAUUUUGGACGACACACUAAACUAUGACGUUUUAGUGACAUUUUGGACGACAUACUAAACUAUGACGUUUUUGUGACAUUUUGGACGACAUACUAAACUAUGAC